AUGAAUUGUCACCUCUCCCAGAUUCCCAAAGUCACCUUCCAAAUCUCUUGCAGUGUAAAACUGGACACCAGUAUUGCUGUAGUAACUGUGCCAUCUCGUUCCCCAGACGAGCCUCUCCUGCUGGCAGAGCUGAAGCCAGGGCGACCCCAGCAGUACGACUGGAAGGCGAGCUGCGAGACUUGGAGCGUUGCAUUUUCCCCAGACGGCACCUGGUUCGCCUGGUCUCAGGGUCACUGUAUCGUCAAGCUGAUCCCCUGGCCCUUGGAGGAAGCUGAGCUAAGCUGCAAAGCCUCUGAACGCAAGAACCGUGGCAUCAAAGCCGACGUGAGAGGCGGAGGGGGCGCGAAGGAGAAGACGCUGGAAUGUGGCCAGAUAGUGUGGGGGCUGGCUUUCAGCUCCUGGCCUCCUUGUGGCGCUAAGGAGGGGGACGGCCUGCCGGCUUCGGGUCGGUCCUGUCUGAUCCUUGCCACAGGACUCAAUGACGGACAGAUUAAAGUCUGGGAGGUGCAAACAGGGCGUUUGCUUUUCAGUCUCUCCGGGCACCUGGAUGUCGUGAGGGACCUGAGCUUCGCUCCCAAUGGAAGCCUGAUUCUAGUCUCUGCAUCCCGGGACAAGACCCUCCGCAUCUGGGACCUGAGCAGAGAUGGUAAGCAGGUCCAGGUGCUGUCUGGCCACACGCAGUGGGUGUACUGCUGCUCCAUCUCCCCUGACUGCAGCAUGCUGUGCUCUGCGGCUGGAGAGAAAUCGGCCUUCCUGUGGAGCAUGCGCUCCUACACCCUCAUCAGGAAGCUGGAAGGGCACCAGAGCAGCGUGGUGUCGUGCGACUUCUCACCAGACUCUGCUCUGCUGGUCACGGCCUCCUACGACACCUGCGUGAUCAUGUGGGACCCCUACACAGGGGAGCAACUGAGAACGCUUCGCCACGUUCCGCUGCCCCCGGCGUUGGACUAUGGCAGUGACAUCCAUGCCAGCUCCCUGAGGUCCGUGUGCUUCUCUCCGGAAGGCUUGUAUCUUGCGACAGUGGCAGAUGACAGACUCCUACGGAUCUGGGAUUUGGAACUAAGAACUCCAGUGGCAUUUGCACCUAUGACCAAUGGCCUCUGCUGCGUCUACUUCCCACACGGCGGGUUUAUUGCCACAGGGACGAGAGAUGGCCACGUCCAGUUCUGGAGCGCCCCCAAGGUCCUCUCAUCACUCAAGCACUUGUGCCGUAAAGCUCUCCGCACCUUCCUAACAACGUACCAGGUCCUAGCACUACCCAUUCCCAAGAAAAUGAAAGAAUUCCUCACUUACAGGACCUUUUAAACCCUGUGUAGUACAUGGGGGUCCAAAGAACCCUGCAGCUGGCUGGCUUCCUUCCUUCCUUCCGAGCUUUGUUCUGGAACGGAGGAGCAGCUGGGGUUAUAAAAUGGUCACGAAGGCCCACUAUGUUCUAUGGUUCUAGUACAAGAAGGAUUUCUGUUCCUUUGUUUGGGGCUGUAUCUUUGACCAUGUAGGUUAUUUUAAUAAGAGAACCCAGCAAAAACAUGCAGUGGGCUAGUUGAUUGAGCUUUGAAUUUGUUAGAACUCAACUCUGACAAGGAGCAAGAGUUCUACUCAAGUGAUCCAUUCACGCUGAUGGCUGUGCAGGGCAUUUGGUUCAGAAGGGCCCUGCCAACAGCAACACACAUUUCAAUUCUCUCUAGGUGCUUUCACUUCAAGUGCAAUUGCUGAACAUUGUGUGUUAAAAGCUAGAGGGCUGUGAGAAGCUGCCUUCACUGGUAUGGCAGUCCAAACUCAAACCUGCACUUUCACGAAUGAGAAGCUGUGUCCCCUAGUUGAGUUACUCAACGAGGCUGUGGCUUUCAUGUUUAUUACUUUCUUGGGCCUGGUUCCAAGACGGCUGAAUCUGAACAAGUCUCUGCAUUGUGGGCAAAGACUUCAAAAUAAAAGGUUUUGUUUCCCCCUUUUGGGUUUGAAGAGUUAGAGAUGCUCUUCGUAGAGCCAUUUUGUGGGUGACAAAAGUACACGGCCCUGAGGGAGCCCCGAAUGUUCAGGCGCAGGGGCCUGGUGAGGAGUGAGAUUGAGGUCUUAACUUUGAGGGGUGAAAGAUUCCCCUUAAUACUAGUGUGGCUGCCAGUCUGAAAUUGGCUUGAUCAGCUCACUUGGCAGAGACACUAGCAAAGUACUUGUGGUUUGGUUAUAUGGUGUAAGGCAUGGCUUUCUCCUGUGUGUAAUGGAGAGAUGAACACCUUAAGGACAGUGACUGUGGGGGUUGGGAGGUGCUCUGCACCAAGCCAGCUGCUGGUCUGUUUUUGUGAAAGUGAUUUCAACUUUGGGCAGCUUUUAUUUGUAUCCCCAUGGCAUACACUAAUUGUGGCAGAGCCUGGCUAGUUUGCAUUAUGGGGGAGGCCAAGCAUGAACUUGUGAAUUUUGCAAAUGUUUGUGUGUGUGUGUGUGUGUGGGGGGGGGGAUUUAAUAACAACCAAUAACUACCAGAGCUGAUUUGUUCACUCACUUUGACAAGUCUAGUUGUUGAAUUAUCCAGUGUACUAUCCUAGUAAACGUUCUGUGGCCUAGUUUGUAAGAGUGGUGAAUUCUUGGCACUAUGGUAACUUCUUACACUUGGCAGAGAGACAGCAGA